AGGCCCAGAGCUGGAUCCAGAGACGGCAGCAGCCGCUGGGAGUGCCCCAGGUGCAAGACCGUCCUCCCCAGCCACUCGCACCAGUGCUGGACCUGCAGCGAGCGGCGGCCUCCGCGCGAGCCCUCGGGGGACCAGGGCGCCCCUGGCGCGAGCCCGCGGAGCUCGUCGCCUCCUCUGGAUAGCAGCCGCCUCCGGCGGCAUCCUCCGUGGUCGCCGGAUUGCGCAUCGGGCCCGCGCUUAGACUUCGGCGGCUACCACAACUUGUCGACCACCAACGGCCGCAUGCCCGAGCGCGACCCCGCCGUCUCGCGCAAGGAGCCCGCCCAGGACAAGUCCUCCUGCUGCCGAUGGCCCACCCGCUGCGAGGCCUUUCUGGUGGUCGCCUUCUUCCUGGCCGCGGGCUGCGGCGCGAAGUAUUUGGUGAGCGUGGACCCGGCGGGCCUUCCUGAACCGGUGCUCUCCGCGAGGCAGCGGCUCCUGCGGCCGGUCUCGCGCGCCGAGCACGCCCUCGGAGGGGCGUGGAGCGCGCUCACGGAGCACGCGGCGGGUUUCCCCGCGCUCGGCGAGCCGGUCGCCGGCGAAGACGCGAGCAGCGCUUUCGGGCACGGCGCCGCGCCGGGCGCCGCCGCGGCCGAGGCAGUGCAGGCAAAAGGCACGCUGGCGCGGGCGUCAGGUCUCGCCGGUGCCUUCGUGCUCGGCCGCUCCGCCGAGCACCCCGUGGCGCGGAGCGCCCCAGGCUUUGGGGGAGGAGCUCCGCCUCCGCCCCCGCCGGUGGCUCCGCCCAGCUACGGCGGCCCCGCGCUGGGCGCCCCUCCCGCGGGCGCCGGCCGAUCGGAGGAGGACGCGAGUGCCCCCGCCGCGUCCUCGGCAGCCCCUGCUGCGAGGCCCCACGCAUCCGCAAAGGCCAGCUGAGGCGCCCACGGGCGGCAUCCCAUCGCUCAGUCUCGGCGCACCUGGCCAGCUGAGGGGGCCGCCUCGCAGAAUCCGGGAGCGGCCCGAAGCCCUCACCGAUUUUUUGUUGCAUGCGGAUGGCUUCGAAUGACUGAAGCUCUCCUCUGGUGAUAGGCACACCCUCGGCCCCAAGGCGGCGAGGGUGUGUGUGUGCGGAUCCGACGGGGGAGC